GCAGCAGUUACUUUCCCCCUUUCUGUGUCCUUACUUUAUGAUAAAGCACCUAUAUUACCCGUCAGCUUCAGUAGCCAGGGUGAACGGGCUUACUGGGCUACCCUGAGAUAUCAUAAACUCUGGCGAAUUAAAUGGACGGCAGGUGGCUUUCCUUCGCGCCUGAAGAAUCUUUAACCUCCGCCGCCCACGCUCACGGAUUUCCAGGCGUUUUUUUUUCUUCCACGCCCGAGGGUGUAGAAUAAGCGUCCUCGCCAGUGUGGUGAAACAUAAUAAAUGGUUGAAGUGAAAACACAAGAUUCACUUGAGGAACGUCGGAUCGUUCUCGUUUGGUUGGUGGAGUUGGAGCCAAUGAAUUAGCUUACAGCUGUGCGUGAGUCUUGAAAGAAGGUUGUAAGAACCACCAGUUGAAGACGACCAGCGGAACACUACAUGCCAGCAUCUUCAACAGCGGGAGACGAAACACCAUAAACAGGGAAACCUGCCUCCUGGACCAGGUUCUGGAGCUGAUUAUGAAUGAGAAACCUCCAAACAGCACCAGUCUAUUCCUGAACGAGGACUCUGAGAAGCUGCCCCAGGCCGAUAGAGGAGCUGUCCGGAGGCUGAGGAGGACCAUGGAGAAGAGGGCGUCCAGUGUGAAGGACAGGAUGACCUCCGUCACCUGGGAGAGCGUCAAGGGGUUCCUCAAACGCAACCUGUUUGUGAUCUUCACCAUAGCGGCCGUGGCUCUGGGCGUGAUGCUGGGAUUCGCCCUGCGGCCCCAGAACCUGACCCUCAGGGACAUCAAGUACUUCUCCUUCCCUGGAGAACUGCUGAUGAGGAUGCUGAAGAUGCUGGUGCUACCCCUCAUCGUGUCCAGCCUGGUCACAGGCAUCUCCUCUCUGGACAGCAAGGCUUCUGGGAAGAUGGGCAUACGUGCCGUGGUGUACUACAUGGUCACCACCUUGGUGGCAGUCUUCAUUGGCAUCGUCAUGGUGAUGAUCAUCCGUCCUGGGAAGGGCAGAAGGGAUAGACCAGUGGCCACUAGUGGCAGCAUUGAGCCGGUGCAGGCUGCAGAUGCCUUCCUGGACCUCAUCAGAAACAUGUUUCCUCCUAACCUGGUAGAAGCCUGCUUCAAGCAGUAUAAAACCGUCUACAAGAAGACCAUCACCAUCAGGAACGUAACUCAGGCUGUCAAUCAAACAGAGGACUCCUCCCACAACACCACGGAUGGCCUGGCUGCCGUGAACAUCUCCACCAUCCUGCAGACCAUACAGGAGAGCGUGGAGGAGGUGGUGCCCAUGUCGGGCUCCUCCGGCGGGGUGAACGCCCUGGGCCUGGUGGUGUUCUCCAUGUGCUUCGGCCUGGUCAUCGGGAGCAUGAAACAGCAGGGCCAGGCGCUGAGAGACUUCUUUGACGGCCUCAACGAAGCCAUCAUGAGGCUGGUUGCCAUCAUCAUCUGGUACGCCCCUGUAGGCAUCCUGUUCCUCAUAGCGGGGAAGAUCGUGGAGAUGAAGGACCUAGCGGAGAUGGGGGGUCAGCUGGGGAUGUACACGGUGACGGUCAUCGCGGGACUGCUCAUCCACGGCCUGCUCAUCCUGCCCCUGCUCUACUUCCUAGUCACCAGGAAGAACCCCUUCACCUUCAUAGGAGGCCUCCUGCAGGCCCUCAUCACCGCCCUCGGCACCUCCUCCAGCUCCGCCACCCUGCCCAUCACCUUCCGCUGCCUGGAGGAGAACAACAAGGUGGACAAACGCGUGACCCGCUUCGUGCUGCCCGUGGGCGCCACCAUCAACAUGGACGGCACGGCCCUGUACGAGGCGGUGGCGGCCAUCUUCAUCGCCCAGGUCAACGACAUGGACCUCAACUUUGGCCAGAUCCUCACCAUCAGUAUCACGGCAACCGCUGCCAGCAUCGGAGCUGCAGGCAUCCCUCAGGCUGGCCUGGUUACCAUGGUGAUCGUAUUGACAUCGGUGGGACUUCCUACUGAGGACAUAACACUGAUCAUCGCCGUGGAUUGGUUCCUGGAUCGUCUGCGGACCACCACCAACGUCCUUGGCGACUCUCUGGGCGCGGGCAUCGUGGAGCACCUCUCACGCCAGGAGCUGCAGCGGCAGGACGCAGAGACGGGCAACUCUGUCAUCGAGGAGAACGAGAAGCCCUACCAGCUCAUCUGCCAGGAGAACGACUCCCUCAAACACCACAACAGCGAGACCCCCAUGUGAUGGCCGGGCCGGACCAGACCCAGACCUAGACCCAGACCCAGACCUAGACCAGACCCAGACCCAGACCUAGACCAGACACAGACACAGACACAGACCCAGACCCAGACCCAGACCCAGACCCAGACCUAGACCAGACCCAGA